AUGAAGAAGGACAACCAAUCCUGCGUGACUGAGAUCAUAUUCUUAGGCUUCUCAGAUUUCCAAUUUAUGCAAACCCCAAUUUUUUUGCUAAUACUGACAUUCUACUUGAUUGCAUUGACAGGAAACAGUCUGAUUUUGAUUCUUACAUUUAUUGAUCCGACUCUUCACACACCGAUGUAUUUCUUCCUACGUAUCUUGUCCAUUUUAGAAAUAGGCUACACCUUUACCAUCGUCCCUAAGACACUACAGCAUUUACUGUCACAAAGUCAAACAAUAUCCUUUGUAGGUUGUGGGAUUCAGAUGUACUUUUUCAUUUUUUUUGGCAUCACCGAGUGUUGCCUCCUCUCUGUUAUGGCAUAUGACCGCUACAUCGCCAUAUGCAAGCCCCUGCAAUACACUUGCAUCAUGAACCUUAAAGAAUGUGUUCAACUAGCUGCCACCCCAUGGGCCAUUGGUAUUUUAGUGGCUUUUGGACAGUCCAUUUCGAUAUUUACCCUUCCCUUCUGUGGUCCUAACAGAAUCAGCCAUUUCUUCUGUGAUGUUCUGCCUGUUCUAAGAUUAGCCACUACAGACACCUUCAAGAAUGAAGUGGCAGUCGCCACAGUCACAGUGGUCUUUAUUGCGGGACCGUUUUUGCUCAUCCUGCUGUCCUACAUCCUCAUCAUAGCCACCAUCCUCAUGAUGCCCAGGGCUGAGAACAGGCGCAAAGCAUUCUCCACCUGUUCCUCACAUCUCAUGGUUGUUUCUCUUUUUUAUGGAACUACCACAUUUACCUACAUUCGUCCUAAGUCAAUCUACUCUGUGACCAGUGAUAGGAUCCUUUCUCUCCUCUACACAGUGAUAAUACCAGCUUUUAAUCCAAUCAUUUACAGCCUAAGAAAUAAAGAGAUAAAGGCUGCUUUUACAAAAUCAAUAAGAAGGAGAAAAGGAUUGUUUAGAUAA